AUGCAGCCCCAGUCGAUCAUUUAUCAGCGCACUGCUCCGUUAUCUGAUGCUGCACGGCCUCAGGCGCCGACACUAGCUCCACUUCGCUUCAUCAUUCCAAAUUCUCACGGAAUCAAUAGUUUUAGUGGGGUGGGCGUCGCAACAUUCAUGUCCUCAACGAAUCAGUUCAUGAACACUACUAUUGUCGAGCCUGAAUAUGAGCCACUACCGCAACAUUCGCUUUCGCUCUCGCAAGAUUGUUCAAAUACUACAACGAGGCAGCAACAGUUGUCACCUAAGGGUGGAGGCCAACUUGACAUUUCUAGUCAACUAAAAAAGAUUACACCCAAGCGCUCGCGCACCCCGAAACUUUCCAGUCGCUCUACGAAAAGCAAGGCACGUCCGGGUCUUCGCAAAGGCAAAUGGACAGAAGAAGAAAGUCGAUACGCCGCUCAGCUCACUAAAUACUUUAAAAAGGGUCUUUUGCCUAUCGAAAGAGGCACAAUGCUACGUCUGUACCUAUCACAAAAGCUCAACUGCGAGCCCAUGCGCAUUACGAAGAAAUUCACAGGAGGAGAAUGUAUCGGUAAGCAAGUUUUUCGUCCAUGUAGUCUCACGCCUGAAUCACGCCUAAGGAUCAUGCAAGCUCAGGUUGAGCUGGUUGCACUUGAGGCUGCUUUUCUCAAGAGACUCAAAGAAAACCGUGAGGAUCCACCUAUCCCGACGAAGGAGUUUGAUGUGCAACCAGCAUCGUCUAAUAACAGACCUCAACCUGUGCUUCUCAAGCCUCGGAUGUACAAGGACGUUGGGGAUAUACCGGGAGGAGACGUAGACGACGCCAAAGCCGUGGGUCUGCUACUUGAUUUCUUUUACAAGGCCCAUCACAAUGAAAAGAAGAGUGGGAAAUGUACAUCAGCAUCGAAAAGCGACGAAGGCACAAAUUCAGACGAUACAGAGAAUGAGGAUGAUCAUAAUCAAGAGGAGUCCGUCAAUGCCGCGGCGCCAACUUCGCCAAGCACAACUUCGGCUAAUAUCGAGGAGACUGAUCCAGCCAUAAACUCCCCGACGAAACGCAUGCGGGCGCUGUCAGUGAGUGGCUACGUUGAUCCUGUUACAGCCAAGCGCUCUCGCAUCGGCUCUUUUUCUACUGUUACAGCUGCAUAG